AUGGAUUUUGCUGCGUGUCCUGUGAAACAUAAGCCAGAAUACUAUUGCUGUGAAAUAUCGGAUACAAACAAGGAACUCUAUACUAAAUACAAUCGUCCAUUUGGUGGUGCCUAUGAAUCGUACUAUGUCGAUGGAUGGAGUAAACAACGUCAAGUGAAUUUCCCAUACACCAUGUAUCACCCAAGUACUCAAAAGUUCGAUUACAAUGAACCCGAAACGGUCUGUCGAAUUCAAGCGAUUGUUAACUCGAAAACAACGGGUGAGUUGAUCGAAGACUUGCAAUGUGCCGACACGAACUCGUCACUGGCUGCUGCUUCCCAGAACAAUACCGUCUUUUGGACAUAUGCCACCAAUUCACGUAACAAUAACGCGUCGUUUCCAAUUGGUGCCAAUUGCUACAGCCUCAUGUUGAGUGAUGGUACAGUUAACGCUGAUCUGAAAGAUGCGUGCACGUCCAUUUCAACAGCCUCGAAACCUCGAUUUUCAACAUUCAGAGAGGGCCCACUGGUCAUCAUUUACCUUUUGUAUCUUGGCUUCUUUGUGGUGCUUGGAGCUUGGGCGGCCUACAAGAAUUUCAAGCAAAAUGCCAACAAGUCGGUAAAUGAGAUGACCAAGAAACUCCUUGCCACGCCACAGUCACUUUCGAAGGCUAUUACUGGUAGUACCAAUAGUAUCAACGCCGGUGUUGGAGUCUCGGAAUCACGAUUGCAAGUGGAAGCUGCCGAAGACGUUCUUCAAACGGGUUUCUCCAAUUCCUUGCUGGGAUCCUUUGUGUUUGGUUGUGUCAUUGUGGCAUCACUUGCUUUGAAUGUGCUCUUAAUUAUCGUCAUCUUGGAUUCCUAUGGCAAUUUUGAACCUCCACUCUUUGACCAAACGGAGGAUAAUGCACUCGUGUUUGUUAUCGUGUGGGUCGUCACCUCCAUUUGGUUCGUAGUCAUUGUGGCACUGCAAAACAGCAUUCUCAACUUCUUUCGUCUUCGUGUAUCACUCGAUCAGUGUGAUUUCGUCUACAUGCUCAAGCGCGACGAGACGGAAGUUCUGCUUGCAGAUCGAUCGGGUGUGUCGGAUUUUGUGGCCAAGGUCGAAAACUUGUUUACGUCAAAGGGGAAGCUUAGCGGCUAUCGCACCACAGUACCCGUGAGGAAGGUGAAUAGUCUACGGAUCGUAGAGUUCCAGCACAUGCGUUACAUUUACGAGGAGACGGAACAGCGCUUUAUGCCCGGUUUCGUUGCACUUGGACGGACGUACGACGACUUGAAUCGAGAGGCUCGCGGUUUGUCGGACAAAGAGGCCCAGCACCGCAUUAACACGGUAGGGCCAAAUUCUGUCGAUGUUGAGAUGCCAUCUCUUCUGGUUUCCAUGGCCCAUGAGUUCUUCACGCUGUUUUACGUUUACCAGAUCAUGUGCUACUACGUAUGGUACUACUUUACGUACUGGAACAUGGGUAUUGUUAUGACGAUCGUGGUGCUGGGAGCCGCUGUGGUGAACAUUUACACGCAGCGUCAGAUCCAGUCUUCUAUUGUCACGAUGACCCGUUACUGCACGGACGUGAUGGUGUUCCGCGGUGGUGAGUGGCGCACAAUGCCAUCGCCCGAUCUUGCUCCGGGUGAUCUCGUGAAGGUACCGGAAGACUGGAUAUCGCCGUGUGAUAUGGCCAUCGUUAAGGGCACAACGGUUUGUGAUGAGUCGAUGUUGACGGGUGAAUCGAUGCCCGUGCAGAAGUUCCCGAUCCCGGAGCACAGCUCGGAGAUUUACGACCCCGAGAAAGGAAGCAAGAAGCACACGUUGUUUUCCGGCACCCGCGUCCUGUCUUCGGGUCGCAAUGAGGAGAUUCUGGCUAUCGUGCAGACCACGGGUGCGCACACAACUAAGGGUCAAUUGAUCCAGUCGAUCUUGUUCCCGAUCCCCAUGCGCUUCAAGUACAAUGAGCACCUCAAGGUUCUGAUCACGCUUCUGCUCAUCUACGCUAGCAUUGCGUGCGUCCUUGUGAUCAGCUUUCUCCUGGGCAACGGUAAGCUCAGCAACCGGUACGCUGCGUUCUGCUACGCCUCCUUCGUGCUGUCCUGUGUCGUCAGCCCGCUGCUCCCUGUUGUUAUCACGGUUGGACAAGUGAAUGCCUCUAAGCGACUCGAAAAGCAAGGCAUCUUCUCGCUUAACGUACAGCGUAUUACCCUCUGUGGCAAGGUUCGCGUUUUCUGCUUUGACAAGACUGGCACACUUACGAAACAAGGCCUCGACUUCCUCGGCGUUCAACCCGUGAAGAAUUCCAGGUUCAUCCCCCUGGUGAACGACGUGAAAGAGGCCUCGUCGUCUGAAGAGUUGUUGUACGCGUUAACGACGUGCCACUCGGUGGGUUCACUUGAAGGUCUUCUCGUCGGUAACGAAGUGGAGGUGCGUAUGUUCACGUCCACGGGCUGGGAGCUCAUGGAGAAGGAAGGCGAGCAGCCGUUCGUGAGGUCUAAGGUAGACCCGGGGCUUGAGCUCGAGUUCAUCAAGCGCUAUGACUUUGACCACCACCGCAUGUCCAUGAGUGUAGUGGUGCGCAACCGGAAGAGCGGCAAGUACUAUGUGUUUUGCAAGGGCUCGUACGAGCGCAUGCAGCAGCUGAGCACGUCUGCUAGCGUGCCUGGUGACUACAAGAGCGUUGCCGACCGCCUCGCAAAGGAUGGGUGCUACGUGCUGGGUCUGUCGUACCGCGAGCUACCUAGCGAUUGGACGCAAGAGCAGGUGGAACAGUUCGCCAACAACCGUGACGCUGUGGAUGAGAGUUUGUCAUUGCUUGGCUUGAUCUUGUUCCGUAAUGAACUGAAGGAAGACACGGCCGACGCCAUCGCAAAGCUCAAGGGUGGUGACAUCCGCACGGUCAUGAUCACGGGCGAUAAUGCUAUGUGCGGCUGCUACAUCUCGCGUCAGAGUGGCAUGGUAUCGUCAACCUCGCGCGUGAUUUUGGGCGAGAUGGUGUCGACGCCGAAGAUGAAGAAGCUGAUAUGGCGCGAUGUAGACUCGGAGGAGGAGUACGACUUGCUUGGGGUGAAGCACCUGAUCGAGCAGACCGAGGACGUGGAGUUGGCUGUGACGGGUGUGGCGUUCGACUACCUGGUGGCUAUGGGCGACAUCAAGGAGCUGUUGCUGAAAAUUCGCAUCUUUAGUCGCAUGACGCCUGACGGCAAGGUAGAGUGCGUGAAGUUGCACAUGGAGACGGGAGCGGUAACUGGGAUGUGCGGUGAUGGUGGCAACGACUGCGGUGCGUUACGUUUCGCUCACGCUGGUGUCGCUCUCAGUGAUGCAGAGGCAUCGGUGGUGUCGCCGUUCACGAGCAAGGACAAGACGAUUCAGUCCGUGGUUGAUUUGUGCCGUGAAGGCCGCUGCAGUGUGGCAACAUCUUUCGCGUCCGUGAAGUUCCUUAUCAUGUAUGGCCUCAUUGGCUCGGUGCUUCGAAUGUUCAUGUAUUACCACGCCAUCAACCUAUCGCAGUGGUGUUGGAUUUUAGUGGAGGGUUUCAUGCUGGUCGGAUGCUCAUAUGUCAUUACGCUAUCAAAGCCACUGGAUGAAUUGAAGGCUUCUCGCCCAACAUCUAGUCUUAUCGGACCGACAACGUUGAUAUCCAUCCUCGGACAGGAGGCCAUCAACCUCAUCUUUUUGAGCUGCAACAUUCACAUGCUGUCGAGUCAAGUCUGGUACUGCCCGUUUUCGCCUGACAAUGUGGAUGUUGCAAAAUGGUGGCUGAUGUCGGACAACCACUUGGCAACGGUGCUCUUUUUCUCGGUUAUUUUCCAGCAACACAUUGCAGCUUGGGUUUUCAGCUUUGGCUCACGGUACCGCCAAGCGAUUUGGCGCAACCACCUGCUCCUCGUAUUCUUCGCGGCGGUUGGAGCACUUGAUCUGUACUUGCUUUUCGGUGAACCAAGUAUCGUCACAGAUCGCUUCCGAAUUUCGAGCAGCACGAAUGUUGUUGGAUUACCUGACAUCCCGAUGCCUAUGGGUUUCAGAUGGAAAUUCAUUGCCAUGAUUGUGGGCAAUAUCUUCUCGUGCAUCCUCUUCGAGUACAUUGUUGUGCUCGGCCCUGUACGUUCGUACUUCCGCAACAAGUAUCACACCGACUUGAUACCAAUGAAGAAGUAA